UAAGAUCGUGUGGAAAGGUCGGGCGAACGCGUUGCUACAAGGCGUCACGCUUAUGGACAGGAGCAGGCGUCUCUCACGUGUUUUUUUCUCCCAUCUUCAAUCAUGAUCCUCAUUCUAAAACUAUAGCUCUCUUAUUUAAUAGAGGGAAUGAUAAUAUAAUUCCCUCUAUUUUUAAAUACCGCGCGCUGCUCCUGCUCUUUCUUCUUUUUCCUGAGUUCCGCCACUCUAUUAACGACCACAUGAUACUUUCCUGAUACGAAUAUGUAGCGUUGAUCUUGAUUAUUUCAUUAACAAUGACUAACCUAUAUUAUCUGAAUUACGACAGGGACAGACACUACACGACAUACCCGCGUCCCUUCAAGUUUGCCAAGAUGAAAGAGCAUCAAGUUAAGGCCGAUGGUAAAAAGUUCAUCAACCGAUAUCGAUAAAACUACGCUUUAAUAAUUAUCAAAAACUCCGUGAAGGGCUGGCACAACUAGUUCAUGAGUGAUAGAUUUUGUCUCGUGAGUGUAGAUCUUGGACUUCAGAAGAUCUUGGACUCCGCAAGAGCUCGUCUGUGUAGAUCUUGCGAGCUGCUCUAAGAAGGAAGAAGUAGCAGGGAGAAGAAAAUCCUAG